GUCAAUGUCUUUCGUUGCAGAAAUCGAUUGGCGUCGUCCACCUUUGAUUUUGGGAAUGUGACAAAUCUCAAACAUGGGGAUGUAGUUUUUGUCGAUUUUUUUUUCUGAUGAACUUCUGUCUGAUUUAUUACAUCUUCCGGCGAUUCAACUCUUCUUCCACGGCAUUGGAUGGUUCCUUUCCCUGACGCAGGAGAGAAAGGUGUUUAGGGUUCUUGUCUGAAUGGACUUGAAAAUGGAUAAUGUAAUCGGUGGCAAGUUUAAGCUUGGUCGGAAGAUCGGCGGUGGCUCUUUUGGAGAGCUUUUUCUUGGAGUAAGUGUGCAAACCGGAGAAGAAGUCGCUGUUAAGCUGGAGCCUGCGAAAACUAAGCAUCCACAACUUCAUUAUGAGUCCAAGAUUUACAUGCUUCUACAAGGAGGAACUGGCAUCCCCAGCCUCAAGUGGUUUGGGGUUCAGGGAGACUACAAUGCGAUGGUCAUUGAUCUGCUUGGUCCGAGUUUGGAAGACUUGUUUAACUAUUGUAAUAGGAAGCUCACUUUGAAGGCUGUUUUGAUGCUUGCGGAUCAACUGAUUAGCAGAGUUGAGUAUAUGCAUUCAAGGGGAUUUCUACACCGAGACAUAAAACCAGACAAUUUCUUGAUGGGACUUGGUCGCAAAGCAAACCAGGUCUAUGUCAUUGAUUUUGGACUUGCAAAGAAGUAUAGGGAUCUCCAAACACAUAGACACAUCCCUUACAGAGAAAACAAGAACCUUACCGGCACAGCUCGGUAUGCUAGCGUCAACACUCACCUUGGUGUUGAACAAAGUCGAAGGGAUGAUCUGGAGUCUCUUGGUUAUGUGCUCAUGUAUUUCCUGAGAGGAAGUCUCCCAUGGCAGGGACUAAAGGCUGGCACAAAGAAACAGAAGUAUGACAGAAUCAGCGAGAAGAAAGUUUCAACUCCUAUAGAGGUUUUGUGCAAAUCCUAUCCACAAGAAUUCGUAUCAUACUUUCAAUACUGCAGGUCCUUGCGAUUCGAAGACAAACCAGACUACUCGUAUCUAAAGAGGUUGUUCCGAGAUUUGUUUAUCCGCGAAGGUUAUCAGUUUGACUAUGUAUUUGACUGGACUGCACUGAAACACCCUCAGAGUAGUUCUAGCUCCCGGUCCAGCUCUCACGGAAGGCAUCGUACCGGUAAACCAGUUGUGGCUGCGGGACCAUCUGCUGAGAAACCUGAAAGGAUCUCAGGUAAUCAUUUUUCCUUUUUAAGAGUUAGAAACAUGUCUACCAAGUUGUCUGAUCUUAUCUAUUUGCUUACAGUUGGGAGGGAGAUCCGCGACAGAUUCUCUGGUGCAGUUGAAGCAUUCGCGAGAAGAAACGCUACAGGAGCCACUCCCCAUCAAAACCAGACCAAGCAUCGAACUCUUGACGAUGUUCCUCCACCAAUGAAACCUGCUGUGAAUAUGGUAUCUGAGAAAGGAAGAAACACUUCCAGAUACGGAAGUGCUUCAAGGAGAGCGGUGGCCUCAGGGAGUAGACCAAGCUCUUCAGGUGAACAAGGGGACAGCCGCGGCUCAAGCCGUGUGGCCUCUAGUGGAGGUGGUGUUCGACCAUCUGUUUUCCAGAGAGCUCAAGCGGCAGCUGGUGUGAGUGGAUAUGAGUCGAAGACAGCCUCUGCCUUUAACCGCAACAGAGUGGCUGCUUCUAGGACUGCACGUGAUGAUGCUCUCAGAAGCUUUGAGCUUCUUUCGAUCCGCAAAUGAGAAAGAAGUAAGAAACAAAACGAAAGUUACUAUAAAUCAUCUCCUUUUCUGUAAAUUGGAUUCUUCUUUACAUGUGUGUUGUUGUUUGGUCCUCACGUUUCCACGAAACUCCCAUUUUUUUCAUGUAUUAUGAAUGUAACGUUUCUCUGGAUUUUUGUAUUAAAUUGUUACGCUCUUGUACUGUAAUCACGACAAGUUGUUACUCGUAUAUCUU